UAAAUAUUAUAAUUAAUAUAUAAUAUAUAAUCUGAUUCUUAUCAGAAACUCUUCACAAUUUUCCUUUUUGUUAAUAUCAAAGCUCUGAUCACUUUGUACGUACUUACCAUUUAUAAAUAUAUAAUCAACCAAAGUUUGAAGCUUUCAUCAAUGGUGUUUUCUCUUUCUUCACUUCAUAUUUGCUUAGUGAGAGAUUAGUUAAGCUUCAGUUUCAGUGUCACUAAGCAUUUAUUUAUUCAGGGUUGUUUUCAAUGGAAGCAAGAGAGAAGAAGAAAGCUUCAAACUUUAAUGGCGAAACCCAAGUAAUAGUCGAAAUCCUUAAUGAAGAGCCAAAAGGGUAUCCUCCAAAAGCCUUAGAAUCUUCAUCAGAACCAAAACAGAUCAAAAUGGUUGAUUUUGAUUCAACUCAGAAAGUUCCGGUGAGUUGUCCUUCGCCGGAAACUUCAAGAUUUUUCCCAAGUCCAAACAAACCCCCAAAAAUCCCAACACCAAACGGAACCCCAACUCGCCGGAAUAUUCUGAACAGAUCAGUUUUCUCAAAACCCAAAUCAAGAUUUGGUGAGCCAUCAUCAGCUCCCAUUGAAGAUCACAACAACUCAUCAGAUCAAGGUGUGAUUGACUCAUCUUUUAGAAGCUCAUUCAGUCGAGCUUCAUCUCCGAACAACCUCUCCACCGGUCGGAGUCAAAAAUUCUCAGCUUCUCAUGGGCAUGAUGAUGAAGCUGAAGAGAUUUACAACAAAGUUGCUUUACAUAAAGAAAAGCAUAGAAAAUUGAAAGCAAGGUUUUUGAUUGAAUGGUGUUUGUUUAUAUUCCUCUUUGGUUGUUUAACGGCUAGUUUGACAGUUAAAAAGUUGGAAACUUAUAAAGUUUGGAGCUUGGAGUUAUGGAGAUGGUGUGUUCUUGUUAUGGUGAUAUUUUGUGGUAAUUUGAUGACUAAUUGGUUUAUGCAUAUUGUUGUUUUUGUUAUUGAGAGAAAUUUCUUACUUGAAAAGAAAGUUGUUUACUUUGUUCAUGGUUUGAAGAAGAGUGUUCAAAUCUUCAUUUGGUUAGGUUUUGUUCUUUUAACUUGGGUACUUGUUUUCAAUCAUGGUAUUAAACGUUCAAAAUCAACAAACAAGAUUCUUAGAAUACUUUCAUGGACAUUAGUGACAUUACUUGUUGGGUCAUUUUUAUGGUUAGUGAAGACUCUUUUGUUAAAGAUCUUAGCUUCAAAUUUCCAUGUGAACACAUUCUUUGAUAGGAUUCAAGAAUCUAUAUUCCAUCAAUAUGUUGUUCAAACACUUUCUGGUCCUCCAUUGAUUGAGGAAGCUGAGAGGGUUGGUAGGUCACCUAGUAUGGGACAAUUGAGUUUCACAAGCACAAAGAAAGGAGGGAAGAAAUCGUCGAAAGAAUCAUCGAAAAGGGUUAUCGAUAUGGCUCAACUUCAUAAGAUGAAACAAGAAAAGGUUUCAGCUUGGACUAUGAAGGUUUUGAUUGAUGCUGUUUCGAGUUCGGGGCUUUCGACGAUUUCUAAUCAGUUGGAUGAGAUGGAAACUGUUGCUAAAGAACAGAAUAAGGAGAUUACUAGUGAGAUGGAAGCAACUGCUGCUGCUUAUCAUAUUUUCAGGAAUGUUGCUCAACCUGGUUCAAAGUAUAUUGAUGAAGAUGAUCUGCUGAGAUUCAUGAUUAAGGAAGAAGUUGAUCUUGUUUUUCCUAUGUUUGGAUCAGAGAAUGGAAGAGUUGAUAGAAAAGCUCUUACUGAUUGGGUGGUGAGAGUUUUCAAUGGAAGAAAAGCACUAGCACAUUCAUUAAGUGAUACAAAAACAGCAGUAAAACAACUGAACAAAUUAGUUACUUGCAUACUUGCAAUAGUAACAAUUGUGUUAUGGUUUGUGCUUGUUGAAGUAGCCACUACAAAAGUGCUUGUUUUUCUUUCGACACAGCUUUUGGCCGCCGCUUUCAUGUUCAAAGACACCUGCAAGACCAUCUUCGAAGCCCUCGUCUUCAUUUUCGUUAUGCAUCCCUUCGAUGUGGGCGAUCGUUGUGUUAUCGACGGGAUUCCGUUGUUGGUUGAAGAGAUGAACAUAUUGAAUACUGUGUUCUUGAAACUCAACAAUGAAAAAGUGUACUACCCAAACGCAGUGUUGUCCACAAAACCUAUAAGCAACUACUAUAGGAGUUCAGACAUGGGUGAUACUGUGGAGUUUUCUAUUGAUUUCAAUACACCUGUGGAGAAAAUAGCCUUGCUCAGAGAAAAAAUUAAAAAGUACUUAGAGGAGAACCCUCAAACAUGGCAUCCAAUACAUCGUGUGGUGGUGCUUGAGAUUGAGAAUGUGAACAAAUUGAAGAUGGCUCUCUAUCCAAACCACACCAUAAAUUUCCAAGAGUAUGGGGAGAGAAACCGACGCCGAUCCGAGCUAGUCAUGGAGCUUAAGAGGAUCUUCGAAGAAAUCCAUAUCAAAUACUAUCUUCUUCCUCAAACUAUUCAUCUCGAUCAAAAAAUAUGAUGACUAAUUAAAUCCUAAUUUUAAAGUUAUUUUUUGUUUUAUUUUGUUUUUGUUAUCAUCGUUAAGUUUUGAGAUAAUCACUUAGUAGAACUUUAAGUAGCCAGUUGAGUAGAAAGAAAUGUUGACUAUUACUAUUUUGUAUGGGAAUUGAACUACUUAAAUCAAAUGUACUUUUUUCGGGGGUUUGUA